CCGUAGGCGGCGGAAGUGGUGAUCUUGACGUGCCGGCCAUGAGUAGAGUGGCGGCGGUCUCGGGUCUGGUGGGCUACAGCAGCUCCGACUCGGAAGACGAGGGCGCAUCCUCGGGAGCCCAAGGGGAAGGCGGCGAGGCCGGCGGCGCAAGCUCGGCGGAGGGACGCCAAGGCCGCCGCUCUCCCGGCGACAGCUCAACAGCUCCUCGCCUUCCUGUGCCAGACAGCGUGCUAAGUAUGUUCAGAGAUCAGGAAGAGGCAGAGACAGUGGUGGACGACAGCAGCAAGCAUGGAGGCCGCCUGCGGACCUUUCCCCAUGAGCGAGGCAACUGGGCAACACAUGUCUACGUGCCUUAUGAGGCUCAGGAGGACUUCCUUGACCUGCUCCAGCUCCUCCUCCUGCGUGCACGUGCAUCCGUGCCAUCUCUGACGGCUAUGGCAGAAUUCCACAUCAGCCUUUCUCAGGGUGUGAUCCUGCGCCACCACUGGAUAAGCCCUGUUGUCCAGUCCCUCAAGGAACACCUGGCUUCCUUCCCCAGGUUCACUUGUAGAGCAGAUCGAGUGAAGGUUUACACCAAUGAGCCCAAAAGCAGGACCUUCAUUGGCUUGGAGGUAACCUCUGGGCAUUCUCAGCUCUUGGAGUUGGUUUCUGAAGUGGACAGAGUUAUGGAGGAAUUCAGUCUCCCUUCUUUCUACAAGAAUCCCUCAUUCCAUCUCAGCCUCGCGUGGUGUGUUGGAAACCUUUCUGAAGAACUUGAAAGUUGUUGUCUUCAGGAGUUGCAGGAGAUUGUGAAUCGGUUUGAGGACUCUUCAUACCUUGUGCGAAUCCCUGGGGCUGAAGUCCGUUGCAAGUCUGGCAAGAAGAUCUUCUCCUUCCCUUUACGGUAGGAGCUGGGAGAAUAAUCUGCAGCAGCUGCCAGCUGAGGAUGGACUUUACCUACCAUUUCACCAGGAUGCAAGGAAUGGUCAGAAACCACACAUGAUAUUCGUGGCUCAGCAGUAAGAUGGUGGUAGCCCCUUGCCCCCAUUGCUCAUUGCUAAAGGUCUUGCAAGUGGUGGGCCUAAGGUGAAGGGUCCAGUGCUACAAAGGUGAAGGGUCCAGUGCUACAAAAGAAUGCAGAGGCUACAUUAACAGCCACAGCUUUGUGCCAGCAUGAUUAUUGAGGGAGUUGUGACAUGCAAAAGUGCCAUUCAGUACUGAGGGCAAGUUCAAAACGAUGCUCAGUUUUGAAGUGGACAGCAGCUGAGUAGAAUCUCUCCUGAUCUGGAGGACAACAGAAAUUACACAUUAGAAGUUUGAGAGGAUCCCUGCCUGCCCCUAAAGCUGAUGUCACAAGAGGCAUUUGGCUCGAAAGCAUCCUUGCUGGUUGAGAGCAUGAAGACUCCUGGCUGUCAGACUGAGCUGUUAGCUAAAAAUGGAUCAAAUGAGAAACAGUAGUACAGGUCCCCCCCCCUUGUGUGGACAGUUUCAAAAGCCACAAGACUAUAUAUUGGGGUACGUGUAGGUGCGAGAAGGGGCAUUGGGUUUUACCAUGGUAGUGGUGUUGUCAAUUGGCUAGAUAACCGCCAGGGGUCAGUGUUGAGUUGGCUUCCCUUACCACCACUUCACAGUCUGUGUCUUAUGGACGUUUAAUUGCCCCUGUCUUCCUCCCCAUCCCAUUCUGGUUGGGGCCGAUGGGAAUUGUAGUCCAAAACUUCUGGAGGUCACCAGGUUGGUACGGGCUGCAUAAAGGGUCUAUAAAGGUAUCUCUCAGGGAAUUCUCAGCUUGCCCAAAAGGCCGCUACACCAGAGUUCUGUGGGGUAAAACAGGACAGGUAUACCAACUUACAACUGGUUUAAGAGCAGAGGGUAGGAAAAACAGCCUUCAUU